GCCACAAUUAUAAGUAGAGUAUAUAUUACUCUGUAGUACUACACUAUUACUAUACAAAUGAAAAUGAUGAGCAACGAGCUUAAGUACUCGGCAAGCCCAUUGAUGAGCAUAAUAAUCACUACACAGUUAAUAAUAAUGGUAUUGUUCUGCAGUGGUGAUGUCUGUGCAGCCGAGUGGUUGUCGUCAUCGUCGUCGUCGUCAGUGUCCGCAGCGGCGGCCUCUUGCUACAGAAAAUUCGUAUAUGAUGCUUGCAAUAUGGAAGAGUUCAUAAACAAAAGCUUGUGCGGCGAGACUCUCACUCCAUACGCCGACUAUAUUAAGGGAAGCCGGCGGCGGCUGGCCCAGGCUGCGUUAACACACAGUAAGGCCCAGGUUCGGGAUGCGGCGGAUUUCCUCUUGGACGAGCUGCUGCAGCCGAAGGCGCCGGCCGCUACCGAUGAAAACGCCGUUGACUUAUCCAGUAAAGGGGCGAUGAGUGAUUGCCAAGAACAAAUAGCUGACGCUGAAGAUCAGUACAUUCCAUCCUUGGCCGAGCUGGCAAAAGCCCAGCCAAGCAAUAAAAUGGCAUUCAUUACUCAUACCGGCAAUGCGCAGACAUGGAUUUCCGCCGCUUUGACCUAUUUUACCACUUGCCUCGACGGGUUGGGUGGACCCCAAGCCGCCGCAGCCGCCGCAGCCGCCGCAUCAUCAGUUCCGUCGGCUCAGGCACAGUUGAUCAAUAGAGUUUAUCUGGCAGCAAACCUCACUGAGAUCUCACUUGCCUUUAUUAAUCGCUUCGCCCAUUCCCCUACCAAAAGUUGCUCCCAGUAUAAAUAAGAUCGACUAGUUAAUUAGUUAUAUUUCAUUAUUAAAAUAAGUUAUUUAGGUGUGUGAAGAGUAUAAGCCUUAUGAGUGAAUGAAUCAGGCCAAUCUUCUAGUGCAAUGGCAUUAUUGUGACACUAAUAUACAUUUCAUAAUCAAAAACAAAUUUUG